UAACCUUGGGCCAUUUAUCUUCAGCGUUUCAUAUUGCAUUUUUAGUUGUUUAAUCUGGCGAUACAAAUAACUUCAGUAUAAAGAUUUUGAUUAAGAGCUUCUUUAUUUGAUUUUCCUGGAAGGUUAUAUACUUAAGCGAUGGAAAAGAUAGCUGUAAGUUCAUUGCGCUGAUGAUGUCAUCGAUAAGCCUAAGCCAAUGAAUAAUCUAUAAUUUGAAAUUUGUUACGAUAUUCAGUGGACUAGAAAAUUCAAUUUUCAUUAAAGUGAUACAAUAUUUGUCCUAAUUUUGCCGAACGGUUUAAGCUUGUACCGAAUAGUACCUGAACUCAUUGAUAAGCUUUAUCUAAAAUUUAGUAUAAAUCAAUGCGUUCUUAUAUCAAAUGCUUUAGCAACCUUAAUGGAUUUACUUAAGAAUAUGUCUCUAGAGCGCAGGCUUCUGUGUAAAGUCGGUGCAUGCUACGGUCAUCAUCAGAACUAACAAAAAGUCACAGAUAGAUUUCACAAUAUUGAGCUUCUUAUUCUGCUUUUACUAUGUUUCGUAUAUAGACAAGGCCAAUAUCUCAAAUGCUUUUAUAUCUGGCAUGAAAGAAGAUCUGGGUAUGGCUCAGGGAGACUUAUCUAAUAUAGUUAGCACUUACACAGCAGGUUACUGCCUUGCACAAAUUCCAAGUACCUUGAUGUUACUUGUAAUUAGGCCCUCGUACUGGUUUCCACUAAAUGGCGUAGGAUGGGCAAUAUUAACAUGUUGCUGCGCAGUAGCCAAAAAUAGUAAUACGAUAUAUGCUAUUAGAUUUCUUCAGGGCAUGUUUGAAAGUGUAGCAUUUUCUGGUGCAAUGUUUGUACUCGGUAGUUGGUAUAAGCCGGAAGAGCUCACAAAACGUACUGCUUUAUUCUGUAUAAGUGGUCAUUUAGGUAGUGUCUCAGCAAGUCUCAUCCAGUCAGCAAUACAUAGUAACUUGAAUGGAGUAACGAGUCUUGCAACGUGGCAGUUAAUGUUCGUUAUAGACGGCGUUAUUGUUUUCCCAGUGGUCGUAUAUGGUUUCCUUUGUUUCCCAGAUUUACCUAACUCAACAAAAGCAUGGUAUCUCACACAAGAAGAACGUGAAUUAGCUGUUAACAGACUUCCACCAUCAUUCGAUGUAAGCUUCACGCCUGAAGCUUCCAAAGAAACUUUCAAACGUACGGUUGGAAAUUGGCAUAUUUAUGUGCUUACAUUGCUAUUUGCUGUCGGUAAUUUACCUGAGGGAUAUGGCAUGAAUAAUGCGAUGUCAUUGUGGUUGAAAGGAUUGGAUUAUAGUGUAACUGAUGCCAACAACUAUGGUACAGGCGUUUAUGGCGUUGCUGCCUUCACAACGUUACUAGCCAGCUACAUCGCUGAUAAAUGGUCAUGUCACUGGGUUCUUGUUUGUUUCAUGGGUGUUUUAGAUCUGGUAACUUCUAUCAUUAUAGUCAUAUAUCCUCGCAAUAUGGGCGUACUUUACUUUGCAUUCUACUUGUCUGGUACAGCAUAUCUGGGUCAAUCAGUUAUAUUCAGCUGGGCUAAUAUAAUAUGUAAACGUGAUCCAGUCGAGCGGUUGAUAGUCCUAACCAGUAUGAAUUUGCUAUCAUUUAUAUUCAAUAUCUGGUGGAAUGUAACUGCAUUCUCCAGCCAAUACGCUAUAGAAGAAGAAUACACACCGUACAAUCCCGCUGCUAUUGGUUGUAUUGCAAGCGUUGGUAUUUACAUCCCAAUGACAUUCUUGACUUUGUAUUUACACCGUAAGCAAAACCGCACUGACGAAGUUGCUGAGAUUAUAGACAAAGUUAAGAGUGUUACUAGUUAUAGUAUUGAUAAAGACGACCUUGAGAAGAGUACAAUGUAGUUAUUCGUGUAUUUAUUUUUAUUUCAUAUGUUGGUUAAUUAUGACAUACUAGGUUUUUAAGAGAUUGUACGAGAAUUCAGGCAGGUAUG